CCUGCAGUGAUAUUCAAUAAUUCAUACAAUGUCGUUGCGUACACCUCUUUAUGACCUUAAACAGUUUAAUAGUGUUUACGAACCCAGUGAGGAUACAUUCUUACUUUUAGAUGCUUUGGAGAGUGAAUUAACAUACAUUGAGUCUUUGAAACCUUUAUUGAUUGUGGAGGUUGGCAGUGGCAGUGGAAUUGUUAUUACUUCGGUAGCAUCUUUCUUUAAAAAUGAAGCAUUAUAUUUUUCCUCAGAUAUUAAUCCUUGCGCUUGCUUGUGCACUUUAAAGACUGCAAGUUUAAAUAAUGUUCAUGUCCAUUGUAUAAAUAUGGACUUACUUUUUAACUUUAAAAGUACUUUUGAUAUUGUAAUAUUUAAUCCACCAUAUGUUUGUACGGAAAUGAGUGAAAUUUCACCAGGAAUUAACAGAGCCUGGGCUGGUGGUUUAGAUGGUAGGGUAAUCAUUGAUCGUUUUUUAUUACAUUUGGAACAUGUUUUAAAACCAAAAGGAGUAUGUUAUAUGGUAGCUAUUAAGGAAAACAAACCCUAUGAAAUAAUUGAGAAAAUGUCAUGUAAUUUUAAUGCAUGUGUUGUUAAAAAACGUAAAAUACUGGGCGAACAUUUGUUUGUACUAAGAUUAAUAAAAUUAUAAGCCAAUCCUA